AUGGCAGAUUGGAAUCCACCACCUCACCCUCGUAGCCGUAAUGAGCCGGAGCAUUAUGGUAACCUCCAGUCAACCAGUGCUAGCCGGCCCGGAACUGAUGGACCACGGUCAAAGAUUGGAUCCAGGGCUGGAUCAACAGCCAGCAGUAAGCAAAGGGUAAAUGAAGGCAGAGUAUUUAAUGGUAAUUUAGAAGUUUUGGAUUCCAAUAUCAGAGAUUUUAGUAAUGAAUCAGGUUCUAAAUUUUCAGAAGUAUUAAAAAAAGAAUUUCAUCUUUUAGAAGUUGUUAAUGCUCAAUACAAAGAACUUUAUAAGGUUAUCAGGCAAGAUAACAAAGAUGUUUCUAGUUUGAAUAAAAAAGUUCAAAAAUACUUUGAAUGA